CCAGAAAGCCGAUUGUCAGUAGCAGACGACAAUCGAUUGAUUCAGCAGUUACUGCAAUAGAGUAGUGUACCACACGUGACUUAAUUGUUUAUAAAUUUUUUUCAUUCUUUGUAUAACAGAAAAAAGAUAUAAAAAAAUUGUGACUCUUUAAGAUAGUGUAAUAGAAUCUGAAUUUGGAUAUAUUCAAAUACACCCAUAAUAAAGUAUUUAACUUAGUGGAAUGUUUACUGAAGAAGCAAAAUCGAGUGACAUUACAAAUGCAAAACAUUUCUUUUCCACGUCUAUCAUCUCAGGUGCUGCUGCAGGAAUUAUUUGUGACAUAAUAUUUUUCCCAUUGGAUACUCUCAAAACACGUUUACAAAGUCAACAUGGAUUCUUAAAAUCGGGUGGUUACAAACAAUUGUAUCAUGGUAUAGGACCUGUAAUGAUGGGCUCUGCUCCAUCAGCUGCUUUAUUCUUUAUCACUUAUGAGGGAUUAAAAGAAUUCCUACAACCACAAAUAUUACCUCAAUAUCAUGCAUUUAUACAUAUGGGUGCUGCAUCAUUAGGUGAAAUGGUUGCUUGUUUAAUACGAGUACCAGUGGAGGUACUUAAACAAAGAAGACAAGCGCUUUUAGCUGAUGUGGCUCGUUUAAAAUUACGAACAUUAUUUCGUGGAUAUGGCAGCACUGUUCUUCGUGACAUGCCAUUUGGAUGCAUUCAAAUGCCAUUAUGGGAAUACUUUAAAGUUUGUUGGAAACAGCAUGUACACCAUGAAUGUACACCAUUAGAAGGAGCUUAUUGUGGUGCAGCAUCUGUGGCAGUCUCUGCAGCUAUUACAACUCCAUUGGAUGUUGCAAAAACUAGAAUAAUGUUGUCUUCGACUACAGCGGAUAAAAAAGAAGUUAAAAUAUCCACGAUGUUAAAGGAAGUUUAUCGAGAGAAUGGACCUAAAGGAUUAUUCGCAGGCUUUCUUCCAAGGGUGGGUGGCUUUACUAUUAGUGGUUUUGUAUUUUUUGGUAUCUAUGAACAAUCCAGAGAGAUUUGUGCUUCAAUUUUCCCAUAUACAUCAAACCAAAAAAAUAAAACAUAGUAAAAG